AUGAUAGCUACUAAUAUUGUUGACGGUGAUGGUAGAGAAGAACUUUUAUUAAAGGUUUAUAUAGUUCGUAAUACUACUAACGUUAGCACCGUUGAUGGAAAUGAAAAAAUAAGUUCUACAAUGUAUGAAACUAGUAGACUAAAAUAUCACUUGCAAAAUUACACUAAAGAGAUCACUUUACAAACCACAGAAUUUAUUUCAACAACACAAUCUUCAGAAAUACCAAAACCUGAAACCACUAUAUGUAAUCCUGUUGAAACUCUAAAUCCUGAAGUAACUUCUAAACCUAUUGUGGAGACACCAAUAAUCAUUGCUAAACCAACAGUGACUGAAUUUUAUAUGAAAAUUUCUGAAGAUAUGCCUAAACUCGAAAAAGCAUCUAAGAUUAGGGUCAAGUUCAG